CAAACAGUCACUCACUUUCAACAGUUCAACAGAGCGCCGCUUCAAUGAAAGCGCCAGCCUCCAUACAUGUGACGGAGCACGCUUAAAUCCUGCAGGACUGCACCACGAUCCGUACCGUAGCAACACGUAAGCAAACCCGCACCGAGGAUACGCACGCGUGCAUUUAACACAGAGAUUGCGCGUUGACUUGGUUGCUAUUUUUCUCUUCCGUCUUUUCUGGGACCUCGAAUGUCAGUGGAAUAUUACUCUGUUUACCCUUGGAAAAUGUAAAUGCGUUUGUUCAAACUGCUUUAAUUUUGUGUCGUAACGUAAGAGACGUUUUGCAACGGGCUGGAUGUUCACUGUCUGGGGCGUACUGGAAUACAAGCGCGAGUUUCAGGAGUGAACGCGUCCCAAUGAGCGGACAUUCCUCGUGCCAAGCUCGAGACGCUAUCGGAUCUCCUUUGAAGUUCGUGCGCGCGCUGCAGUAGCAAGCUGUUCGUCUGCGCGCACUGCGCCUACAACUCAGAAGCGCGAACAUUUCUGGCUAUAAAGUUGAAUAUAUCGUUUAUAUGCUUUGUUUUCAAUGAAUGUAAUACUCAAUUACAUUGUUUUAUUCAAAAAAUUGCGUUAUGAGGAAAGAAACCAAGUUUAUAUUCGCUGGACGAUGCGAAUAUGAGAUAUUUCUGAGCUUUUCCUUGUGAGCGACCGUUAAUUUCUUUCAGUCAGAAUGUACUUUCAAUAACCGACUAUUUUUUCCCAACUUAAACACGUUUUUAAUUGUGUUUAAUAACGAUGGCCAACGAAAUUCGUUACGACAGUCGUCAUAUCGUGGAGAAAUACAUUAACCAUAAACUUUUAAAGAAAGGGUACGUGUGGAAAUGUCAACCUUCAGCAGAGGAAGAUGACGCGCAUAACGGAACCGAGGACUCCACUCCGAACUCUGACAGGAGAAGGCUUCAGGCUCCCUCAGCCGGCGGGGGUAACAAUGAAUGCCUGCUAGACCACCGGGUCACUCGCACCGACCCCCAUUUGAGACUCUAUCGGGCGUUACGCGAGGCUGGAGAUGAAAUAGAAAGGAUGUACCGUCGGGAAUUUGAAGAGAUGUCCAAUCAGAUGAUAAUCACUCCUAAUGCAGCCCAGCGAAGUUUUAUAGCCGUGUCUGAGGAGCUCUUCAGGGAUGGAGUGAACUGGGGUCGGAUUGUGGCUUUCUUUGAGUUUGGUGGGACCAUGUGCGUGGAGAGCGUUAACCGGGAGAUGGCGUCCCAGGUAGACAAUAUUGCACACUGGAUGACGGACUACCUGAACGGGCCUCUGGAAAACUGGAUCCAGGAAAAUGGUGGUUGGGAUGCCUUUGUGGAGUUGUACAGCCAACCGAGAGACCCCACAUUCCACCCCUUUUCUUACCUAACGAAAGUGCUUGGACUGGCAGCGCUGGGUUUGGCAGGCUUGACCAUCGGAGGAUACUUCGCCCAGAAGUGAUGUCUCUCCCUGGCUCUGCGGAUCUCUUUCCGCUUAUUUAUCUCUUUCUCUGCCUAUCUCUCCUCAGCUUAUCAAAGCAUCUGGGUUCUUCUUAGCCCGUCAACAGUGCUUUCAAAGCUCUAACGCUGAUAUGAUGCUCCUCAAAUCAGAGGUGCUCGCACAUAGAUGACAAUGCGAAGAGUAAAGAACGAUGACACCACGCUUUGAUUCUAACGCUUGUCACUGCCAUGUACAGUUGCACUCACACACAGAGACGGACACAGAAAACGCACGCACACGUAAAGAGCUGCACACGCAUACUUCAUAAGGACUGAAGAAUAUAAACCGUUUGUACAGAUUUUUUAAGAUUGUGCUUUUUUAUAUAAAUUUUUUGCCAUUUUGUAGCAUGAAUCAAAAAAGGAGCGGAGAAAAGUUUGCCGGGGUGAAUGUAAAUAAUUUCUCGCUAUCUGCAUGUUGAGAAAAAACCUCGAGUAAUUCUGCAUGACGUCGUUUUGUACUAGGCCGCCUCCCAUUUUGUGUCGAAUCAGGGUGUUUUUUCUCUCUCCAUUGGAUGUCCUGCCAGAUGGACAGAUGUUGAGCAUUCCUUAUUAAAAAGUUCCUGUUUGAUUUGCUGUCUCUCUGUGUUUGUCGAGGACAAACAUGAUGAGAACUGAACGGCAAAAUCAAGACAAACAGACAUUAUGAUGUUAUCUCACCCAUGCACGGGACACGCCGUUGUCCGACCCCUGCUGAAUGUAAAGACUGUAAAAAAUGUAAAGUUUUGGAAGUUUGACUUCACAAUUUUUUUUGUAUUUCGCUUUUAUUAUUUUGUCGUGUGUAUGUGUAUAUAUGUUUCAGUUCAGUUGUUUCGGUUGUGUUUCAUUAAUCAAGAAUAUGUUAAAGGAAUAGUUCACCCUAAAAACACGGUGCCAUUAUCUACUCAACCUCAUCACGACUGUCCUUAUAAACAUUUUGUAGCUCCAUUU